CUCCCUCCAGUGGAUCAUCAUUCUGCGACAGACAUGGCCGCCGCCUGUGGGCUGCUCCUGCGCUCGCUCUGCUCCGGCGUCUCCAGUGCCGUCCCCGUGCUCUCCAGACCCGCACGGAGCCUCUCACUGCGCCUGUCCACCCAGCCUUACGCCCGGAGAACUGUGGCCUCCUCCAGCCCUUUAUCAGCAGCACUUAAAUUUACAGACAAACAUGAAUGGAUCCGGGUAGAAGAGGAUGGCAUUGGGACUGUGGGCAUUAGUAACUUUGCACAGGAGGCACUAGGAGAUGUAGUUUACUGUGGACUACCUGAAGUGGGCACUCAGCUGGCGCAGCAAGAUGAGUUCGGUGCCCUGGAGAGCGUGAAAGCAGCCAGUGAACUGUACUCGCCGCUGACCGGGGAGGUGGUGGAGGUCAACACUCUGCUGGCAGACAGACCGGGCCUGGUCAACUCCUCCUGCUACAAAGAUGGCUGGUUGAUGAAGAUGACCAUUGCCAAACCCGCAGAACUGGACUCCUUGAUGGACGAGCCUGCGUAUGAGAGAUACAUCCGCUCAAUCGAAGACUAACCCACUACCUCUUAAAAAACGGCCACUUUCACUUCUCCAGACACAGGGGGCAGAAGAGCCACAAAACAACAGGCUAUUCUGGGCAUCUGCUGUGUAAAGGGCUCCACUCUGCUGACCCGACAGUAUUGUAGAUCUGGGGACGCUAGCAUUUCUUAUCUACUGCUAAAGUCAGGCUGAAGUGGUCAAACAGGCUGUAGUCCAUGAAUUCACUUUACCCUCAGUGACGGCACUAGAAUCUAUAGAGCAUCGUCCACACAUUUCAAACACUGAAGUACGUUCUAGCUCAAUGUGAGAUUUCUUAAAGCACUUUUGUUAUGAUUCUAAUAAUAAACUUGGUCUAAAAUGCAUGGUUGUUGAAACUGUGUGCAUGGGACCGUUUGAGAAUAAUAAACAUUUCCAGAGUAGUG